AUGGCGCCCUUCAUAGUGGAUCCUGUAUCAACCUUUAUACUACCCUUGAGAAGGAAGUCAAAGAUCAGCCACACUACCUCCCACUCAACAGGUAGCAAACUCUCCAAACCAGCGGCUAUAGCCAUUGUCGUUGUCGUCGCAGUAAUACUCAUUAUCGCCAUAAUCGCGUCCAUCCUCGUUCAGAGAAGACGAAAGGCCAAAAGCAAGGCCAAUAAGCACAAUAGCACGGUUCCUGGAUAUAGCGCAGAUAACAGCGGUGGGUUGUAUGGCGGGACGCCUGGUUAUUUCGCUGGGAGGAACGGGCAACAAUUCAACGAGGAGGGUGCACAAGAGAAGCAGUCAAUGGACCCUACCGGCUAUCAGGGCGAGUAUGGCAGGACUAGCACGAGCGGAUACCGUGGCGUGGAUCACGGCGGCCAGGGCGCGGCAGCUUCUUACUAUGCUGAAAGUCAAUACGCGCAGCAUGGUGUGCAGGGCCAGAGUUAUGGGAGGGGGAGUCAUGAGAUGCCACAACGGCCGCCCAUGGCCUUUAACCCUUCUCCCGCUCAGGUAUGA